AUUCAUUACAGCUCCUUUUGUGGCCUUUUGAGUGACUAUCACAAACGCUCUCUCGCAUUGUCUGUUAUGUCAGAUGCUUUACAGGUGAACUGGAACCCGAUGCACCACAACAAAGAAGGAGGAGUGUUACAAAGAGUUCUAAUAGAGAACACUAGAGCACAAUUUCAAUUGCACAGCCUUCUGCAACAUCUUUGAGAUUAGAAAUUGUUUUCCAGCUAUUUGAAAAGGUAAUAUGGGCAUAUUAUUUCCUGUCUUGCCCCUGGUCUUGCUCUUGGUCCAGUUGUCCUGGGCUCAGGAAGACGCUCUUCUCCCUUUCUCAGAAGACCUGGACCCCGACCACAAGGUGCAUCUGAAGUGGGGAUUUGAUGAGAUCCAGGGCACCAUCUUGUUCGAGCUUAGCGUCACCACCAGCGGCUGGAUCGGUUUUGGCUUCAGCCCCAAAGGAGGAAUGACUGGAGCUGAUAUUGUCAUUGGAGGAGUUGGACCAAAGGGCACUUAUUUCAAGGACCGGCAUGCUGAUGGGACCUCCAUGCCUGUGGUUGACCAGCACCAGAACUACAAAUGCCUGUCUCUAACUGAGUCUGAUGGGACAACUGUCAUGAAGUUUCAGAGGUCCAUUGAGGCCUGUGAUGAAAAUGAUCUUCCCAUUACUACUCUUCCCAUCAAGCUGAUCUAUGCAUACGGACAGACAGAUGACAUCACAUACCACAGUACCAAAAGAGGGACGAAGGAGGUGAACCUGUUGAGGUACAUGCCUCGGGUCACCCCUCCAAACAGCAAGUUUUUCGACAUGACCAUGGUCAAUUUCACAGUACCAGCUAAUCAAACAUACUAUCACUGUAAGAUCCUGAGAGCCCCGACCUUUGAUCAGAAACAUCAUAUUUAUCGGAUUGAGCCAUUUAUUGAAAACAUUGACCUAGUGCAUCACCUGCUGCUGUACCGCUGCCCCCCAAGUGUGACGGAGCCAUCUGAAGCUGAAUGUUACACAGGGGGAAAUGAAAAUUGCAUGGAGGUCGUUUCAGUGUGGGGAGUUGGAGGAGGGGCUUUUGAAUUCCCUGAGGUGGCAGGACUUCCGAUUGGAGGAAAUGUUGGUGAUAUUCUCUACAGGCUUGAAGUGCAUUACAACAAUCCAAAUAAAAUAGCAGGUCGAGUUGAUAACUCAGGUCUACGAUUCUAUUAUACAUCUGAACUCCGUCAGCAUGAUGCAGCUGUUCUCAUGACAGGGCUCGGGGUGUUCCCUGGGUACGCCAUCCCGCCCAACGCCAAGUCUUUCCUCACGUAUGGCCUGUGUGACACUGCUUAUAUUCCAAAGGUUCUGCCUGGAACUCCACAGGAUCUUCAGGUGUUUUCUGUGAUGCUGCACACACACUUGGCUGGACGGAAGGUUCGAGUUGGCCACUUCAGAGAAGAAAAACAGAUUGAUCUCCUAGCUGCGGACGAAAACUACAAUUUUGAAUUCCAGGAAGUGGUUAACUUGGGUAAAACUAAGACAGUGAAGUUGGGUGACAAAUUGCUGGUGGAGUGUACUUAUAAUACUGAAAGUCGCACCACACUUACAUGGGGGGGUCUCUCAACUUUGGAGGAGAUGUGCUUGGCUUUCCUCUAUUACUAUCCAGCUAUGAGUUUAAGCGUUUGUGAGAGCUUCCCUGAUCACAGAGUCUUACAAUCUGUGAUGGGGGCAACAAAUGCUUAUGACUGGGGCCUUAUGAUGUACACGAAGACUUGGAAUGAGACAACUAUCAAUCAAUACCAACAGACAUUGAAAAGAAUCAACCAAUUUGUCAUAGUUGCUAACUCUGAUAACUUCUCCUCCGACAUAGGGAUGAUUCCUGAUCUUAAAGUCAUCACGCCUGCACCCUGCAUGAGCGGUUGUGCCACCAAAUUUAUUGCUUGGAUAUCGCUGCUCCUCUGCUUAGCCAUGCAAUGGGUUUCCUUAUGAAACUUUAAUGAGCAAAAUACUGUAGUGCACUUAAAAAAAAAAAAAAUAUAUAUAUUCUUAACAUAAAUUUGUCUUGUUUUCCAGUAAAAAUAUCUAAAAAUCCUUAAAGCAUAAUAAAGUUACCUGAGAAGCAACACUGCAUAAUAUAUUAAGACUUAUUUUCAGGGAAUGUUUCUAUAACAUAAGUGUAUUUUGUCUUACUUCACUAACAGAUUUUUAUUUACUUGUUUAAAUUAAACCUUGAAUGCAUACCUCUAGUGACCCGGGACCUUCUUCCACCACCUUUACCUAAUCCAUUUUUUGGAGCCCCCACUUUCUUAAGUUUUCCUAAACCUUUCUAAAACCCUUAUGAAUAGUGUAACAAUAACAAAAAUACCACAACUGCAAUGUAACAUUUAUUUCUAAUUGCUUAAUUAUCACACGUAAACAGGGUUGUGACCCGACCUAUGUACUAUAAAAGUGUUGCAAAAUAUAUUUGUGCUUCCAGAAAUCAUA